UCUUUGUCUCUCAGGAUGGAGAGCAGCAACGGCUCCAAGGCCGAGUUCAUCGUCGGAGGGAAAUACAAACUGGUACGGAAGAUCGGGUCUGGCUCCUUCGGGGACGUUUAUCUGGCGAUCAACAUUACCAACGGCGAGGAAGUGGCAGUGAAGCUAGAAUCUCAGAAGGCCAGGCAUCCCCAGUUGCUGUACGAGAACAAACUCUAUAAGAUUCUUAAAGGUGGGGUUGGCAUCCCCCAGAUACGGUGGUAUGGUCAGGAAAAAGACUACAAUGUGCUAGUCAUGGACCUUCUGGGACCCAGCCUCGAAGACCUCUUCAAUUUCUGUUCAAGAAGGUUCACAAUGAAAACUGUACUUAUGUUAGCUGACCAGAUGAUCAGUAGAAUUGAAUAUGUGCAUACAAAGAGUUUUAUACACAGAGACAUUAAACCGGAUAACUUCCUAAUGGGUAUCGGGCGUCACUGUAACAAGUUAUUCCUUGUUGAUUUUGGUUUGGCCAAAAGGUACAGAGACAACAGGACAAGGCAACACAUGCCAUACAGAGAAGAUAAAAAUCUCACUGGCACUGCCCGAUACGCUAGCGUCAAUGCACAUCUUGGUAUCGAACAGAGUCGCCGAGAUGACAUGGAAUCAUUAGGAUAUGUUUUGAUGUAUUUUAAUAGAACCAGCCUGCCCUGGCAAGGACUAAAGGCUGCGACAAAAAAGCAAAAAUAUGAAAAGAUAAGUGAAAAGAAGAUGUCCACUCCUGUUGAAGUUUUAUGUAAGGGGUUUCCUGCAGAAUUUGCCAUGUACUUAAACUAUUGUCGUGGGCUGCGCUUUGAGGAAGCCCCGGAUUACGUGUAUCUGAGGCAGCUAUUCCGCGUUCUUUUCAGGACUCUGAACCACCAGUACGACAGCACGUUUGAUUGGACAGCGUUAAAGCAGAAAGCAGCACAGCAGGCAGCCUCUUCAAGUGGGCAGGGUCAGCAGGCCCAAACCCCCACAGGUUUCGAAGCAUGAAUCAAGGAUCGGAAGAAGCAGAGCAGACGAUCGGAGCAGCAUUUGUUUCUCCCCAAAUCUAGGAAUUUUAGUUCAUACGUACACUAGACAGUGGUUGUGAACAACCAUUUACUUGGUGUAAAGAACUUAAUUUCAGUAUAAACUGGCUCUGGGCAGCAUUGGUGAUGCCGUGUCCCGAGUUGUAGCCGCUGUAAUUGUGAAUAUUAACUGAGAGAGUGAAACAUGGUGUUCAGUUUUCUAUUGCAUUUUUUCAAGUGGAAAAGUUCACUAAAUGGUUGACACACACAAAUUGGUGGAGAAAUUGUGCAUAUGCCAAUUUUUUGUCAAAAUCUUUUAUUUUGAACUAUCCUGCUUUGAGAUCUCAUUUCAGAACGGCAUGAACAGUCUUCACAGUUGUGAUGGUUGUAAAUGCUCACAAUUGUGCGUUCUUAGGGUUUAUCCACCCCUGGGGUUUGCAAGUUGUUCACUUAAAGCAUUCUUAAAAUGGUUGGCUUCUUGUUUGCAAGCCGGCUUGAUAUGGUAGCUACCAAAGAUUCCAGUGUUUGAGCGUCCGGAAGACUCUGCCUGCUUACCUGUGCUAGAAAUAACAGCAUCUAAAGUGAAGACUUAAAAACUUAGUGACUACUAGAUUAUCCUAAGGACUCUGCAUUAACUCUGUAAUGUUCUUGGUAUUAAAAAAAAAAGCAUAUUUGUCACAGAAAUUUAGUUAACAUCUUACAAUUGAACAUGUAUGUAUGUUGCUUAGAUAAAUGUAAUCACUGUAAACAUCUAUAUGAUCUGGGAUUUUGUUUUUAUUUUGAAAUGGGAGCUUUUUUGUUUACAAGUUCAUUAAAAACUAAAAACCGUU